UUGAAAAUCUCUUUGAUUAUUCAAGACGUCACAGUUUGGCGGCGAGGAAAAAACCAGAAGAUUCGAAGAUGAACGUGAAGCCCCCGGAGUUCAACGUCGGAGAUUCCUGGCCACUUUAUCAAGAACGCUUGGAACGCUUUUUCGUGGCCUACGACCUUAACGACGAGGACGACGACGAGAGAAGAGCUGCGUUCCUGCUGACUUCCGUUUCCCUGGAGGUCUACCAGAUCAUCAAGAAUCUGUAUUUCCCGGACAAGCCGGAAUGCAAAAGCUUUUCCCAGCUCUGCGAAGUGAUGCGCCAGCGGUUUACCCAAACGGUGGUGGUUUUUCGAGAGCGUUCGAGAUUUUUCGAAGCACGUCAAGGCGACAACGAGUCGGUGGUGGAGUGGGCCACCCGGCUGAAAAAGUUGGCUAUCGAUUGUGAUUUCGGUGCCACUUUGAACGAGUUUAUCAAGAAUAUGUUCGUCGUGGGAUUGCGGAGAAAUUUCCGAUCAUUCGUGUGCGUCGGUCGAAUAAACUACGCGUGCCGUCGUGUGUGGAUUGUAGUGCGCCAAAAUGGCAUUUCUGGUGGUGAUGCUCCGCAGUAGCAAGCACCAGAAAUUUCCGAUCAUUCGUGUGCGUCGUCGAGUAAACUUCGCGUGCCGUCGUGUGUGGAUUGUAGUUCGCCAAAAUGGCAUUUCUGAGUGUGCGGUGGACGCGUCGAGGCUCGAGUCGGUUCCGAAUUUUUCGCUUCCCGUCGGCGCUAGUUCUCAAUACACUUUUAGUUUAUAAUAAACAUUUUCUUUCAUUUUUUUACAUUUACACAAAAGAGUGAAAAGUGUUAGUUCGGGCUCACCGGUCGAGAAAAAAAUCCGGCGCCGACAAGUGAGUCGCGUUCAGUGUAUUUCUAUGAGGAAUAGACUAAAGGUUUCUGCUCCCUAGUGGAGUGGAGACGCGCGAUAGAAUUUUAUUUUUGGCUAGUUUUUGCGUCGAAAAGUGGUCGGUUGUUAACGGCGGUUUGUGUAUACUGAUCCAUUGUCAAAUCAUAUCACCAACCAUAGGUGACUCCCGGACUGACAAUGUACCUUACCCUACUAACAAAAAUUCCUUCCUGAGACAAACGUGGAGAUGCAGCGAUUCGCGGUCUUUAUAACAACGUUUGUCUUACUAACAUUCCCUCCCAUCCUCGAUGACCGUAAGGACGUGGCCGGCGCCGUUAUUGACCUUAUUAAAGUUGAGAGCUCUCGCACUGUGUAUAUUGAGAAUAGUAAGCUAAUCCCAAGCCCUA